AUGGCUGCCUUUCAGCCGUUCAAAGGACACACUGGCGCUAUUCAUUGUCUCGAAUACUCCCCCGACGGCGCGUUCCUUGCCACCGGAUCUGCCGACAGGACCAUACGUAUAUGGAACGCGACAACGGGCCAUCAAGUCGGGCUGCCGUUAGAAGGGCAUACUGGCUUUGUGUCUGCCAUCGACUACUCUCCUACCGGAAAUCAGCUAGUCAGCGGCUCCUAUGAUAGAUCUCUUCGUGUAUGGGACACAAAUACCCACAAAACGAUCAUAGGCUCAGUUAAACGCCACACAGAUUCGAUUUCUGCUGUAAAGUACUCGCCGGACGGCGCCUUUUUUGCAAGCGGAGGUUCCGACGGCCUUUUCCGGCUUUGGAAUGCCGGCACUGUUGAUUGCAUUAGAACAUUCGAGUACCCCAACUACGUCAACUCGAUCUCGUUCUCCCCUGACAAUAACCAUGUUGCGGCAGUCUGUAAUGAUUCCCUCGUCCGUUUUUUCUCCGUCAAUCCACCUCAGCUCUUACGCGAGCUUUCCGGACACAGUGACCGCAAAAUAAACCACGCCAUAGCCGCUCAUUACUCUCCUGACGGGUUACUCAUAGCCAGCGCGUCGGAUGAUUUUACUAUUCGCCUAUGGAGCGCACUUACUGAAAAGCUGACCCUGCAUCCUUUGCGCGGUCACACUGGCUCCAUAGCUGCCCUAUCGUUCUCGUCCGAUGGGCAACGGCUAUUCAGCUGUUCAGAAGACAAGUCCAUUCGGAUCUGGAAUGUUAAAUCAGGCACAUGCGUCUCAGGGCCGCUGUAUAGACAUGGAGGGCAAGUGGAUAGUAUUUGUUGUUCUCCAGAUCAAAGUCAUUUUGCUUCCUGUAACUCGGGUGGUGUACGCGUUUGGAUGGUACUGCCGAAAGUAAGCCAUCUACGUAUGUCUAUGUCUCUGCGUAUUUUACAAAGACCUUCUGUAGUUAACGUAUGA